UAAUCUAUUAUAGCAUUACCUGCAUCCCCACGUGUUCAUAAUAUUUCCCUAUAGCUUCACAUACAGAUCAAGCAGGAUACCUGUUUUUGAAGAGAUGAAGAAGGAAAAGAUGUCAAAACGCAAGGAAAAGAAAAUGCAGGAAGCAUCCGUGGAAGAAACGAAGAAGGAAGAGGAUAUGCUGACUGACACAGAUGAAAAAACGCAGGAAGAGGCAAAGGAUAAAGAGGUUGAGUGGUGGCAGAAAACAUGUUUGGAGGUGAUGAAGAAGGAAGAGGUGUUGAAAACUCUACAGCCGUUAUUGAAGUUGGUGAAAAAGGAUAGAAAUACAGAUCUUCUGUCUGAUGAUAAAGCGGAAAUAUAUUUACAGUUUGCUGUGAAAAAGAUUCCAAAGGUUCAAAACAAAAUCAUCAAGCUGAGGUUACCACAUUCAGUAUGGAAACCAGGACAGGAGGUCUGCCUCUUUGUAAAGGAUAUUAACAAAACAUCUAGGGAACAUGAGGUGACCGAACGUCACUUUAAAGAUCUGUUGUCGUCAAAAGGCAUCAACUGCAUAACUCAAGUUAUACCCAUGAAGUGCCUGAAGCUGGAGUACAAACCUUACGAAGCAAAGCGAAAUCUCUCCAAUAUGUUUGAUCUGUUCGUGGCAGAUGAAAGGAUUAUACGCCUGUUGCCUUCUUUGCUGGGGAGAAACUUUUACGGAAAGAAAAAGCAUCCGAUUCAAGUCAACCUGCAAGCUUUGGAUCUAAAAAAGGAGAUUGAUAAGGUUGUGUGUGACAGCAGAUGUAUCAUCUCUGGGCAGGGAGCUACAAGCACAGCGACUGUAGGAUACUCGGAUAUGUCAGCUGAGCAAUUGGCCGACAACGUCAUGAAAGCAAUGGAGUCAAUAGCUGCAGCACUACCUGGAGGAGCAGUCAACAUACAGAGUGUGUAUGUCCGCACAGAAAAGUCGCUGGCUCUUCCUCUCUUUGCAACAUUCAGUUCUAAAAGGGAGGUGAAACUGCCAAAGAAGCCUGUACAACAAAACUCUGUAGUGGGAGAGCUUAGUACCCUCAUGACUGGCCAUGUGCUUGUUACUAAGAUGGGUAAUGUCGUAGUGGGGAAUCUAGACGAAAGUGGGAAAUUUAACAAAAUGAAACAGAGGCAAAUGCACCAGAAAACAACCAAGCGAAAGAUUGAUGAGGAGUCAGACGAUGAAAUGGUUUUUGAGGAGGUUCAGCAAAAAAAGAGAAAAACAAACUUCAGAGACAAGCAAGGUAAAAAAUUCAACACCAAUUUUACCCAAAAGAAUGGUAAAAAAUUAAGCAUAAAAAGCAAAACAAAUGAUAGUAUGAAAAUAAAAGACAGUUUGUCUUCUGUACCCACACCAGAAGCAACAAAAAAGGUGACAUCUAAAGCCACACCAGAAAUGAAGGGAAGAGUUUCUUCUAAAGCCGUGCCAGGAAAGGGAAAAAAAGUGUUGCUGAAAACCACCCAAAAAAAGGCAGGAAUUUUGACAAAAGCUGCGUCUAAAAAGGGGGAAAAGAUGUCUAAAGCCACACCAGAAAAGGCAGGAGGAAAGUCAUUGUCUAAAGCUGCAUCUAAAAAAGGGAAGGGGAAAAAAAAGUUGUCUUAAGUCACACCAGAAAAGGAAGGAAAGUCUUGUCGAAAGCCAGACAAGAAAUCAAAGGAAGUGUGUUUAAAGCUGCAUCUAAAAAGGGGAACAUAUUUUGUCUGAAGUCACCCCAGAAAAGGAUGGCAAUGGGUUGUCCAAAGCCACACCAGAAAGAGAGAAAAAAUCAUCUGAAACGGUGGCAAAAACAGGAGGAAAAACGAUGGUGAAAAACUCCAAAAUGAUGAAGAAUUAAGCGUUGAACAUAUGAUUCAAAUCAGUCAACUGUGUUGAUACUAAAUUUAACAAUAGGCUUUGGAAUGUGAACUGUUGAAUAGCAUAAAGAAAACAUAUUGAGCUGAGAUACAAACUGUGAUGCAUAAAUACAGUUUUUGCAUGUGGUUUGCUGUUAAACCAGAAUGGAUGAAAAGAAAUGUUAUCAAUGCAGUGUCAUAACACAAUGUCACUUGUAAUCUUUCAGAAUAUUAAUUUGAUCUAGAUUUUAUUUUUAAACUAUUUGACAUUAAUUAUCAGUAAUCAUAACUUUUUUAGGAAAUUUCUACAGAUUAUAUUUUGAUUAAUGGGUCUGUCUUUAUUUUGAUAAUUUGCCUUUUUGAAGAAUAAGCCAAGGUUUUUCUGCAUCUGAUUAAUUCUGUUAGUGUAAGGAAGGAUAGACCAAGAUUAUUUAAUAAAAUUUCAAUGUACUUGAGUUGGUAUCCUUAAAUUGCCUUGCAUUAGCAGUAGUAGUUGCAUGCAUUAUGAUGAAGUGGCACUACUAGCUGUGUAUAACAUUAAGGAAUACAGCUCUAUUGACUGUUGUCCAGAUUUCUUUGUUAAAAUAACCCUCCCUUUUGUGAUUCCUCUUUGAUGAAAUUUUAAUGACUUUGAAUUUCCAAAGCAAAGUGUGACACUAGUUGAUAAAUUAAUAAGCUGAACCGGAGCUUUUUGUCCAUACAAUUACUGAUGCUGAAGUUCAAAGAAAUCAUUACUAUUAAAAUUAUUACUGGUAAAAUUUUGUCUGUUUUCACAAAAACAUUUAAAUUAAGUAGAUUUAAAUCUUGAUAACAACGUCAAUGUAACAUUAAUAACUUACGACAAAAUUUCUCUUUUUUUUUCUUCUGGAAAGGUUGAAUAUUGUUUUUGAGAAAUGUCAAUACUGUAGACAAAUAUUUCAGGAGAUCUGUAGUCUCCAAAGCUAGCAACUUCAUAGCACUGUACUUUUUUUACCUGUUGACUAUAAAUAUUCAUUCAACGUAUUUGUGAAGACUUGUUAAAUAUACAUGUAUAUGGAUUAAAAUGAUGUUGAAAAUA